AUGGAUGUCGAUUCUGAGCCUCUAUCAUCAACGACCGGAAUGUCAAAUUUAGAUGAAGACUUAAUGGAAAGACUACGAUCAAUAACAACAAGUAAUCAUGAAGAUUUAAUUGCACAAUUUCGUUCAACUACAAAUGCGAUGCUAACCGAUGAAGGUUGUGCUUUUUUCCUCGAAAUGAGUAAUUGGAAUUUAAAUGAAGCUAUUCUUGCUUAUUACGAUGCUGAAAUGCCAACAGAUAAAAUACCACAAAUGCGUUUUGUCGGCGAUGUUACUGUCGGCGAAGGUGAAGCCAUUCCACCGAAUACAAAAUUUGUAAAAACUUGGCGAGUAGAAAAUUCUGGUAGUGAACCAUGGCCGAGUAAUUGUUCAUUACGUUUCGUUAAUGGUGAUCGACUACAGGAUCGAGAUGAAAUUUAUGUUGGCUCAUUAGCACCAGGCGAACAAACAAAUAUAUCUGUCGAUAUAACUAGUCCGGCUGUUUCGAAAAUAGUCAGAUCACAAUGGCGGCUAUUUACUCCAGCCGGUGUACCAUUUGGAGAUCCAAUUUGGCUUAUCGCUAGUGUUGAAGAAGGUGGACUAAUGGGUAUAACCCAACAACUUGAACAAUGCCAUUCACUUGGUGGCAUGAAUAUUAAUAACUAUCCACAACCUAUGACCAAUCAAAUGACUGGUUUACCACCAUCAAAUAAUUUACUUUAUCAAACAUCUUCUACCAAUCCAUUUCAGAAUACGAGAUGGCCUAUGCCAGAUGCCAAUAAUAUACCUGGUUCUACGAAUUACCCUAUUGUACCUGUUACAGAAUAUUCUCGAACGAGUAAUAUUAAUCAUCAAUCAUCGGAUCCAUCAGCAUCAUCAAAUGGAAUGGUAGAUGAUAAUUCUUUAGACACAUAUUAA